AUGAGAAAAUACCAACAGUUGCUGUUGAUUUUUGUAUCUUUUGUUAGUGUCUUUUCACUGUUGCUGUACAGGUAUGAAUAUAUGAAACUUUUAAAUGUCUUAGAAGUACUUAACUUUUUUGGAUAUACAGCUGAUAAUUUAACAAAUUGUAUUUUACUAGAAGAUAAAUUUUAUACAGAUUUAGAAAAUGAUAAUUAUCUUGCAAAAACACCAGUUUCUUGGAUUAAACAUGAUCAACACUAUGCAUACUCUGCAUUCUGGUCUACUCAUCAACAAUCUAUUUAUUUGCUACUUUUGGGGCCAAGGUCAGCUUUUUCUGGUUAUGAAUGUCGUGUUUGGUUUAAAAUAGCUGAUUUUUAUACAUCCAGACCAGGAAAAUUUUCUUACAACAUUAUACUUAAUGAUCACGAUUCUAAUUUCCAUCAGUUCAAUAUCCGUUGUAAACCAGACAAUAUUCCAUUUGACACAGAACCAUAUGGAAUUUUGAUAGGAAAAGAAAAUUCAUUAAAACUAUUUAUACCAAUUGAAGUUCAAAAAGAAUCUCACCACAAAGACGAUUUAAUUGUUUGUAUUGCACCAGAUUAUUCUGGUGUUCAUGAUACUCAUCUUAUAGAAUUUAUUGCUUAUCAUACAUUGUUGGGUGUUCGUCAUUUUGUAGCAUAUGACAUUGGUAUACAUUACCAAGUUCUACAAUUUUUACGUUCAAUUGCUGGUCAUAAAGAAAUGUAUAAAACAUUUUCUACGCUAUCUUGGCAAUUCCCAACAUUAGAUUUACAAAUGGAAAAGUCAAUUUUACAAAAAGAUUGCAUACAAAGAACAAGAGGUCAUGCUAAACAUAGUAUUUUAUUAUCAUGGGAUCAGUACUUGGUGUUAAAUAAAAAUUAUCAACUUAAUUCUUUAAAUGAUAAUGUUUAUACAUUUGAAAUGAAGAAAUGUUGUAAUAAUCGUCUACUAAAAAAAAAUUGGCCUAUGGCUAUGAAAAAAACAAUUUGUGAAAAAACUAAUGAGACCAUAAAUUUGAUCACCGAUGAACCAGUAAUUGAUAAUCCAACACCUACCACUUUUGGAUCAAUACAUAAGUUGGAAGAAAUAUGUGAGAAAAUUAGUGGUAAAGAUGACAAAAAUAUGGCUAGGUAUUUAAUUAACUUUGUAAAUAGUAAACUGUUGAUCUUAUGGAAGUUACAAUUGAAACAUUCUAUUAAUCAUGUAACAAAUAAUAUGGCAAUUAAUCUUUAA